UUUGGGGGUGGAGGCCGCGGGAAGCGGUUGCCAUAGCGACGCGAAGCGGCCCGGCGGGGGGAAGGCGGCCAGCUUUUGCGGCUGAUAAGACGUCAGAGGAGCCACCAUCUCACGUAUCUAUGGCAUUUGCACCUCCUAAAAACAUGGAUGGCCCAAAGCUACAAACCAAAAUGAGCACAUGGACCCCCCUGAACCAUCAACUCAUGAAUGACAAGGUAUUUGAAGAAAGAAGAGCCCUGCUUGGAAAAUGGUUUGACAAGUGGACAGACGCUCAGAGGCGGAGGAUCCUGGGGGACUUGCUGGAGCGCUGCUCGCUGUCACAGCAGAAAUUCUGCGCCAAGCACCUACAGGACCGAGUUCCCACCGAAGCACUAGAUUUUACCACGCAGCUCCCUCGAGUACUGUCUUUAUACAUCUUUUCCUUCCUGGAUCCACGGAGCCUCUGUCGAUGUGCACAGGUGAGCUGGCACUGGAAGUACCUGUCUGAACUGGAUCAGCUCUGGAUGCUGAAGUGCCUGCGUUUUGGCUGGUACAUCAACUUCUCUCCAACCCCCUUUGAGCAAGGAAUCUGGAAGAAACAUUACAUUGAGAUGGUGAAAGAGCUGCGUGUUACAGGACCAAAGACCCCUCCAAAGGAUGAGUUUGUAGUUAUUGAUGUGCAACCAGUAAGGAGCAAUGUCCCAGAGGCAAAACUUUCUCUUUCAUCAGCUUUGCGAUCAGCUUCUGUGCUAAGAAAGAGGAGAGACAAGGAGAAAAAAGAACUUCCACCAUGGCGUUCAUCAGACAGACAUCCUACGGACACCAUCCGAUUCAACUACCUCGACAACUAUGAUCCCAUCGAACAGGCUAGGCAGGCGAGAAAGAAAGGAGGCGGGGAGACCCCAGACCUUAGCCGACAGGCAGCUGAGAAAAAAAAGAAAACAGCCCGUGGACCUUACAAGCUCCAGAAGGCAAAAUCACUGGCAAGUAUCACCAGGGUGUGAUUCUACCAGCCAGGGCCCAGCAUCAGCUACUCCCAGCAAUGUUUUAGCUCAGAGCAUUUAC